AUGGGGCGUCGGCGCAGCGCCUGGAAGGUGCAGAGUUUAAAAGAUGAGAUAACGUCAGAGAAGCUGAUUGGAGUAAAAUUGUGGAUUACAGCAGGGCCAAGAGAAAAGUUCACAGCUGCUGAGUUUUCUGUUCUGAAGAAAUUCCUGGAGGAGGGUGGAGCUCUGCUGGUGAUGCUCACGGAAGGCGGUGAAUCCAGAUAUGGCACAAAUAUUAACUACUUCUUAGAAGACUACGGGGUAGUUGUCAAUAAUGAUGCUGUAGUAAGAAAUGUUUAUUAUAAAUACUUCCACCCAAAAGAAGCACUGAUUUCCGAUGGAGUUUUGAAUAGAGGGAUCAGUGAAGCUGCCAGAAAAACGGGGUUUGAGACAACAGAUGAAGAUGGAGGUGGACAUGCUGCACAAACUCUUACUUUUGUGUAUCCAUUUGGUGCCACACUGAAUGUAAUGAAACCGGCAGUGGCUGUUUUGUCCACAGGAUCUGUUUGCUUUCCACUCAACCGACCCGUUCUUGCUUUUUAUCAGCAUGAGGCUCGAGGUGGAAAGAUGGCGGUGUUGGGAUCUUGCCACAUGUUCUCAGAUCAGUAUUUAGAUAAAGAAGAAAACAGUAAAAUCAUGGAUAUGAUUUUCCAGUGGCUCACGACUUCUGAUAUCCAGUUAAACCAGGUGGAUAUGGAGGACCCUGGGAUUUCAGACUACACAAUGAUCCCAGAUACAGCAGCGUUGUCUGAGCGAUUGAGAGUCUGUCUGCAAGAGGGAGAGGAAAUUCCAAGAGACUUCACAAAGUUGUUUGAUACGUCUCUUUAUCAACUAGAUACAACUGCCCUCCCUUCAGUUAUCAAAGCUUAUGAGCAGCUGAAUGUGAAGCACGAACCUCUCCGGCUCAUCCAGCCUCAGUUUGAGACUCCUCUACCUCCCCUUCAGCCAGCUGUUUUUCCACCUGCUUUCAAAGAAUUACCUCCUCCCCCACUGGAGCUGUUUGACUUAGAUGAAAUAUUUUCCUCUGAGAAAGCCCGUCUAGCAGAGAUUACAAACAAAUGUACUGACGAUGACUUGGAGUUUUAUGUCCGAAAGUGUGGCGAAAUCUUAGGAGUAACGAGCAAACUCCCAAAGGACAAGCAAGAUGCCAAGCAUAUCCUGGAGCACAUCUUUUUCCAAGUGGUUGAGUUUAAGAAACUGAAUCAGGAACAUGACACCGACACAAGUGAAACUGGAUUCCAGAAUGGUAACUGAGACCUGGCUUUUUCCAGUCUGAGAGAGAGAUUUUAG